AUGGCGACCCCCAUGCCCCAAUCUCUCAACACUCAUCCGCCCGUGGUACCUCUGCAACGUAUACAAGGGGAUCCGGAUGAAGUCGCCUUCCGCGAUAAGACGGUCCAAAGCUGCGUCAAGCAGUACGGAAACGCUGCUCCACCCCUUACGCACGAUGAUGUGAUGUGCAUUUGGAGCAACCCAUGGUGUUUCUCCAAUCUCAUGGCAGCGCCAACCAUGAGAAUGGUUAUUCGCAUGCAUAAGACCUACUCUUCAUUAUUUGUGACGAGCCCAACGGAUGAAGCCUCCGGUGUCGCCGAUGACAAGAGAAAGCUUGCAGAAGAGGAACUGAAGAACCCGAACCCGAAACGAUCGAAGAAAGACAACAAGCAGCCAGGAGAGCCACCAGCCAAAGAGAAACAGCCAGAACCGAAGAAAGGUGAUGGGGGACGAGUCACAGCCGCAAAGAACCAAGCCAGUCGACGAGAUAACCACAUGUGCUCCUGGCAGUGGACCCCGGACCCAGAUAUAUCCCAUUUUUUCCCUUACGCCGCGACUCAAGACGACGAAUCUGCUACCAAAACGGCAGAUUGCUUUUCAAUCACGAAGGCGAGGUUUGGCGUUGCCACCUACGACAAGUACCGUCAUAUCAUUGCCAAACCAGGAAAAUUGGAGGUGCCGUCCAAUAUGCAGGCUCUGGGCAAGUCGAUGCACUUUUGGGAAGAUAGAGGGUAUCUGUCCUUCAAGGCCUCAAAGCCCGAUGGGUCCGUAAACGGUAUUUGGUUUGUGGUAAUCGAGCUGUGCUGGUUACCAUAUCUCCACCACGAGCCGGAUGUCAGUGCUACGGCGGAUCUUACCAACUCGUCAAGCAACACGGUGGUCCACGCCUGUCGCCAACUGAACGACGCCCAUCGCCUUGGCUACCCACCCCGAGAUCCCCCCAUUGGACAGGGCGUGAUGAAGGCCUUCUUCCGAGACAGAACGGAGAUCGCGAGUGGUCGCUCCGUCAAAUUUCAAUUUAAGACCAAGGAGGAGGCUGACUUUUUCACUGCUAUGGUCAACUACCACUGGUUUGGCAUGUCGAUCCUGACAUUCCGGGGUGUGACUAAGGGGCGUAAGCCUGGUAGUGGAAGCGGCAGCGGCGGCGGCGGUGGAGGUGGCUCCAACACCCGCGCCCGCGCGUCUACGGUACCUACUUUACCUACUUCUUCCUCGGCGCCAACCCUUACUGUCGGGCGAGGUCGUGGUCCGGGCACCAAUUCUCCACGUGGCCCUGGUGGUGGGCAUACUCCUACUGGAAGUAUUGCUCGUGGUCCAGGCAACGAUUCUCCUCGUUGA